UCAUGACGCCGGAAACAAGCGUUCUGUCAUCUGUUAUUCGUGGAUUGACGUUUACCGCUUGCUCUGUGCUUCCUCUUUUCGUUUGUGACUGAAUCGACGAGAACAUCCAAGAUGGUAAAUGUACCGAAGCAGCGCCGCACGUACUGCAAAAAGUGCAAGGUUCACCGUGUGCACAAGGUGACACAGUACAAGAAGUCGAAGGAACGACAGGCUUCUCAGGGUCGUCGUCGUUACGAUCGUAAACAGAAAGGUUUCGGUGGCCAAACUAAGCCCAUCUUCAGGAAGAAGGCCAAGACCACCAAGAAAAUCGUGCUGCGUAUGGAAUGUGUCGAGUGCAAGUACCGCAAACAGACCCCACUGAAGCGCUGCAAACAUUUCGAGCUCGGUGGCGACAAGAAGCGCAAGGGACAGAUGAUUCAGUUCUAGGCAGUGUGUCUGGU